CUGUGCAUUAGGAACGUCUUAAAGUAUUAUGCCUAGAUUCAAAAUUGAUAAAAGAUAAAUUUCACAAAGAAAAAAAUGUCUGAGACUUCAGAUGCCGCAACCACUAAAAAUAUAUUCGACAAGCUACAGGAAGCCGAUCUAACCAAUUAUUGCCGAGUAUGUAGACAAAAGGGAAGUGACGAUAAGCAACUCAAAUUUCGUCCACUAUUUAAUGGCAAUCGCUUAACACGCAUCAUAGCUAACACCAUACACCUAGAGGUUAAGGAUAUGCCUGGAUUGCCACGUUUUUUGUGCGAAAAAUGUUUAGACUUGUUAAAAACUUUCUCCAUGUUCCAAGUGGAGUUUCGUCGUUCCGAAGAGGCUUUUAGGAUGUUUAUUGAAGGACGCAAACAGCUACCAAUGGAGACACUGAUUGAAUUUUCCAAUUCCAUCGAACACGAAAAACACAAGGAAAGUGAGCAGCAGAGUGCAGCACUUGUUAACAAUUUUUUGACAAAGGCCAAAAAGAAUAGAAAAUCAAAAUCAAAGCUAGAAAAUUGAGCAAUUAAA